UGUGCAGCGUACAUGACCAGAAAUCAUCCUCAUUCCAAUUUCCAUUUAUCUUUUUAUGCGAAAGGAAGCACUAGUUGGAGUCAGUCAACUCGCAAACAUAGCUAUCGACCUAAGACUCAGAGCUAAAUAAAUAACCCCUCGCCCUCUUCACACCACAUAAAUUGCUGUUCUCCAAUUUUAAUUCACCUCCUUUCUCAUCUAUUCUCUGCCAAACAACGUACACUCACUCGCUCACUCACUUACUUACUGUGUCUCGGCAAAACAAGAGCCACUCUUGCACAAAGCAAGAGCAAAAAGCUAAAUUAGGAAUUCAGUACAUCACGGUGAUGACGAUGAUAGGUGGUUCCGUGUGGACUUUGAUGACCAGCUGGUUCACUCCUACUUCUCUGUUCCUUUUUGUCAACCUCGUCAUCCUAAUCAUCCUCCUCACCUCCCGCAAAACGCCAGUGGAGCCACACCAUCAUCAUCAGCAGCAGCAGCAGCAUCAACUCGCCCGAGUCCCCUCGCUUUUGGACCGAGUCAGGUCCUUCAACUUGUCCCCUUACAAAUUCGAAUUCGACCAACCCUCGACCACUCAUCACUUCAACCAACACGUCACAACAACAACAACAACAACGGAAUCCCCCGCCGGUGGGCAUGAACAACACCUGUAUCCGGAUAAUCAGGCCCCGCUUGCCCGCACUCCUUCUCUCCUCGACCGCCUUAAGUCCAUCAACUUGACCUCUCUCUACAGAUCAUCGGAACACGAACAUCCCAACCCACAAACCGAAAUUCUUGAUUCUCCAGAGAGACCCGACCACGAAACGGUGCUCAUGAAGCCCCAGCCCAACCAAAGUUCGGAGUCGGACCAUGACCAUUUGGUCAGGAGGAGCAAAUCGGACUCGGGUAGCGGGGACACGACCAGUGGCCAGCCGGAGAAGAUGAAGAAGUCUGCCAGCGAGAGAGAGGGCUUGGGAAGAUUAAUCAAAGAGGACGAGAUCUUGGAGCGUCCUGUUCCAGCUACAACGAGGGUGGAGAAGUGGAGCGAUCAAAGCAGAGUGAGCGAAACGAGGUCGUCUGGGGACGAGGAAGGGGUGGAUGCAAAAGCCGCCGACUUUAUCAACAGGUUUAAGCAGCAGUUGAGGUUGCAGAGGCUGGACUCUCUCAAGCGUUUCUCAGAGAUGCUCAAGGGAAAGCAGUGUUAGUUAAGAGAGCUUUCUUUUCGGUGUUGUUUUUAUUAUUAUUAUUGUUUUUAAUCGGAAAGUUGGUGAGGAGGUUAAACUAAACUAGUUUCAGAGAGCUAGAGCUAGAGCUAGGGAGUAUCAGCAUCAUCAUCUGCAUUGGUAUUUUGGGAAAUUUGGUUGUUGAGAUUGGCUGUGACUGGUGAUUACGGGAGGAGGUUGGUGUUACUGUUCUGUCAGCGGUCUGUCCACUGAUUUACAUCAUUGUAGAAUAGGAUCUUGAGAAGCGGUGAAGGAAAGGCUACAAUGACCACAAUGGCCUUUGCUAUUUCCUUGAGAGUUUUUGAUCAACUGGAUGGUUAUCCAGUCCUUGUCGCUGCUUUGGAUUCUUUUGGUCGUUUCAACAUUUUCCACAAGUCUCUGUGUGUGUGUGGCCUGUUCCUGAUUUGAUUUUGGCCUGCUCCUGACUUGAUUUUUCUUUUUCUUCCCUGUGUGUCUAUUUAGUUCUACUGCAUUGAGCUAGCUAAACUUGGUUCCAUCUCUUAUUAUUAAUAUUUACCUUUCAUUUGCAA